AUGCGAUCCCCGCCGCUGCUCCCUUUCAUCUGCUUGCUCGCCCGUUGGUGGCGAAGCCUGUGGGGUGGCUUCUUUGCCCUGGCACUGCCCGCCAACCGAGGGCGGACCGGCUCGGGGAGGCGCAGCGCGGCGCCAGGGAGAAGCCGGGAGAGCUGCGCUUGCAGACGCGCCGAUCCUGCUCGAUGGCUGAUGAAGAGGCGGGAAUCCGAAAGGCGUCGAGACUAUAAAGGCAGCGCCAAGGGCGCCAGCGGCGAGUCUCGAAUUCGCCGCAAGUCCCUAAGGAUACGCGUCUCCAGGAGUUGCGCUCCCGCCGCCUCGGCAGGUUGCCUUCAGCGCCAGGUCGCUCCGAAGCCGGCUCCGCUUGCCUUGCAAAGAUGCUCGCGCUCCGUGGGCGUGGAUCCUGCCGGGCGCGGAUCCGUGCAGGCAGCCAGGACCCCGGCGCUGCACGACGGAAGCAAUAAAAGCCACGCCGGCGAGCCACAGCAGCUUGUCUUCUGCAGCGACGACGAGGACUGCAACGCCGAAGAGUUUUGCUCCACCCCUGCCCGCGGGGGCGUCUCCGGAGGAGGAGGAGGAGGACUGGUCUGCCUGACCUGCCGCAGACGCCGCAAGCGCUGCUUCCGAGACGCCAUGUGCUGCUCGGGCACCUUUUGCAACAACGGUAUGUGUAUGGAAGUAGAUUAUUUUCGUCCUGAAAAGAUUGAAGAGAUCAUCAUAGAAAAUUUUGACCGUGGUACUUUGGACUCCCAUCUGAAAAGGACCACAACUUCAUCCCAGUUAUACCAUCUAAAAGGCCAAGAAGGAGCUGUAUGCCUCCGCUCUUCAGACUGCGCUGAAGGACUGUGUUGUGCCCGUCACUUCUGGUCCAAGAUUUGCAAACCUGUCCUUAAGGAAGGUCAGGUGUGCACAAAGCACCACAAAAAAGGCUCUCAUGGUUUGGAAAUCUUCCAGCGAUGUUACUGUGGAGAUGGAUUGACCUGUCGACUGCAAAGAGAUCACACCAUCAGCAACUCUUCAAGACUACAUACUUGCCAGAGACAUUAGCAGUGGUUGCUUUCUUCUAAACCUGAUGGACUUGAGGGACUUUAAUGAGAGUGGGUGCUCUUGUUACAGAAAAAUCACCUUGAAAGACUGACUUAUUUCAGAGUUUACACUAAAGUACUCUGGCAACUUCCCCUCUCUGCAAGUGGAGUACGAGGCAUGUUUCUUUCAGAAACUAUUUUUCAAGUGACUAAUUGCAGUAAAUUACUGUGUCUGUAAAUUCUUGGGUGUGGCGCUUAACUGUACACUGUACGGGAUUUUAAUUUUUCCCCAAG